AUGUGCAGCAAUUUCGAACGCUUGGUCCUUGGGGAUAACAGUGGUGCUCUCCAAAGAAAGUCUCCUUUUACCAUAACUAAUACCACGACUGGGAGAAAAGACGAGGCGGUCGAGAUUCCUAGCUUUUUACAAGAUUUCCACGACGUGCCCUCUCCAAGUUCCACGUCUACUAUAGCAGCCGGCAAUGCGAUUCUACCCUGGAUGGCGACGUGCACGGAGCCAACCAACACUAGCGCUGCUGACGACGCCGACCAGAGUCAAUUCUAUUCAUAUCGCCAGACCUUCCAGCCGGAGGCCCUGGCGAGCUCUUCCGCGGAGCGAUUGCACUUCACCACGGCGUCGGGGCUGACGUGGGAUCUAAAGCGGGUCAAAAUUCUUGGCAAAGGCAGCUACGGCUGCGCGACGCUCUACACCCAGGAGCAGCCCGUCUCGGCCUCCUCCUCCUCCUUGCAGACCUCGUCGCCGAGCCUUUCCGGGCUGCCGGUGGGCACGUCGUCGCUGGUGGUGGUGAAGGACAUCAACUUCCAAACGAUGUGCAAUCGCGAGGAGGAGAUGGAGAGCCUGGGGAGCGAGGUCCGCGUCCUGCGCGGCGCCAAAGGCCACCCGAACUGCCUGCAGUUCCUGGACUACCACGAGGCCCAGCGCAUGGCCUACAUCCUCACGGAGUACUGCGGCGGCCGUGACCUGGCCUUCACCCUGGAGACGCUCCAACAGCGCGAGGGCGGGGGGUCCUCGCCCCACACGACGCGUCGGGCGGGCGGGCCGGCCCACUUCACGGAGUCCUUCAUCACGUCCAUGUUGAUUCAGCUCAGCAUGGGGUUGACCUUCCUGCAUUCCGAGCAGCACGUCCUCCACCGCGACCUCAAGCCGCAGAACCUCUUCCUCCUCGAGGACGGGGAGACCCUGCGGCUGGGGGACUUCGGCACCGCCGUGCGGAUGGAAGGGGGGGGGGGGGACCCUCAGCGCGGCCUGCGGAUCGCCCUUUUAUAUGGCCCCGGAGCUCCUCCAAGAGCGCGCGUACGACGUCGGCGCGGAUAUCUGGUCCGCCGGGGUCUUGUUGUACGAGCUGAUGGCCCUCGAACGGCCUUUUCAGGCCGCCACCAUGCAGCGACUGUUGCCGAAAAUUCUACAGGGCUGCUAUACACGGCUGGAGAAGCGGGAGGAGCUGGUGGAGAUCUACUCCCGCGAACUCUGCGAGCUUGUGCAGUCGAUGCUGACGGUCCAACCAACGGGGCGACCGACCUUCCGGCGUAUUUUACGCAGCGCGUGCGUGCGGCGGCACUUGGUUGA